AUGGACAAGGAACAAGACGAGAUUCAGUUUCUAGGCUUCUUCAGCAUAUUCAAAGAAUCAUUCAGCCUGGUUUCCACAUGGAAGAAUAUUUUCUCCCAGAUUACCGCCGCCAUGAUCGUCCCUCUCUCCUUCAUCUACCUCGCGCACAUCGAGAUCUCCGACAUCCUCUUCACCGACAUCCUCCGCGACGAGUACAUCCUCGACAGGAUCCAGCGGGGCACGCAAACGUACGACAAGAUCUCCGACGUUCUCUCCUCGGAAUGGACCGCCUUCUGGCUCUUCAAGAUCGCCUACUUCAUCUUCUUCCUCGUCCUCGCCCUCCUCUCCACCGCCGCCGUCGUCUACACCAUCGCCAGCAUCUACACCGCCAAGGAGAUCGCCUUCCGGCGGGUCAUGUCGGUGGUCCCAAAAGUCUGGAAGCGCCUCAUGGUCACUUUCCUCUGGAGCUUCGCGAUUCUCUUCGCCUACAAUAUCCUCACCUUCUCCAUCCUCAUCCUCUGGGUUAUGGUGGUGGGGCCCAGGGGGCUAGGGUUGCUCGUGGCGGCGGCGAUAAUUGUGGGGUACAUGGUAGGGUUCGUGUACAUCACCGUAAUAUAUCACCUCGCCACCGUGGUGUCCGUACUGGAAGACGUGAAAGGCCUGAACGCCCUACUUAAAAGCAGGCGUCUGAUCAGGGGCAAAAUGGGGAUUUCCGCGGUCAUCUUCCUGCUUUUGAACCUGGUUUUCUUUGGGGUUCAGACCGGGUUCGAGUACUUCGUGGUGCUCGGCUAUGGCGGCGGGGUUGCAGGGAGGGUAGGGUAUGGGAUUCUGUGCGUGGGGUUGCUGGCGAUUCUCAUACUCUUUGGACUCACCACCCAAACCAUCAUUUACUUCAUCUGCAAGUCAUAUCACCAUGAGAAUAUCGACAAGUCUACGUUGUCGGAUCAUCUGGAAGAUUACCUCGGAGAAUAUGUUCCCUUGAAGUCUAAGGAUGUACAGCUCGAGUCAUUCCACGUUUAA